UCGCGCCUGCGCAGUGGAGAGAAACAGGGACUUAGUCUGUUACACAAGUGUGGCUGCUCCGUAGCGAGGAGGCUGCCGCUGUCGUUGUGUUAUCUCUUCGGCCUCGAGGCUUUCCUCGUCCGCAGGCGUCUCGCCAGGCUUACCCCCUUCCCUCCCCGCCGGGCACGCAGCCUUUUCGUGGGCCAUGAGUGGGGAUCAGCUGCACAACGACUCCCAGAUCGAUCCAGAUUUCCGAGCAAACGAUUCUCACAAACAUAAAGACAAACACAAAGACCGAGAACAUCGACACAAAGAGCACAAGAAGGACAAAGAAAAAGACAGAGAAAAAUCCAAGCACAGUAACAGUGAACACAAAGAUUCCUCGGAGAAGAAACACAAAGAGAAGGAGAAAACCAAACACAAAGAUGGCAGUUCAGAAAAACACGACAAACACAAAGACAAACACAAAGAUAGAGACAAGGAGAAGCGAAAGGAAGAAAAGAUUAAAUUGUCUUCUGGUGAACUGAAAAUAAAGAAGGAAAAGGAAAAUGGCUUCUCCAGUCCACCACGCAUUAAAGAAGAAAUGGAUGAUAAUGGCUACUAUAAAGAAGAGUACAAGCCACUAAAGAGACCCCGAGAAGAUGAUGAUGUUGACUACAAAUCUAAGAAGAUCAAAACCGAAGAUAUCAAAAAAUCAAAGAAACGGAAACAGGAAGAAGAAGAGGACUUCAAACCCAAGAAAAUAAAAAGCAAAGAUAAGAAACUGCCUGGAGGAGAUCUGAAGAAGAAGAAAACAAAAAAAGAAGAGGAACAGAAAUGGAAAUGGUGGGAAGAAGAACGCUAUCCUGAAGGUAUGAAGUGGAAGUUCUUGGAACACAAAGGCCCUGUAUUUGCACCACCAUAUGAACCUUUGCCUGAAAAUGUCAAAUUCUACUAUGACGGUAAAGUCAUGAAGCUCAGUCCCAAAGCAGAAGAAGUAGCAACAUUCUUUGCAAAAAUGCUUGAUCAUGAAUACACUACAAAAGACAUCUUCAGGAAAAACUUUUUCAAAGACUGGAGAAAGGAAAUGACUCCAGAAGAAAAGAGUACCAUCACUAGCCUCAGCAAGUGCGACUUCACCCAAAUGAGUCAGUAUUUCAAAGCUCAGUCAGAAGCUAGAAAACAGAUGACCAAGGAAGACAAACAGAAAAUUAAAGAGGAAAAUGAACAGUUAUUAAAAGAAUAUGGUUUUUGCAUUAUGGAUAACCACAAGGAAAGAAUUGCCAAUUUUAAGAUUGAGCCUCCUGGUCUCUUCAGGGGGCGUGGUAACCAUCCCAAAAUGGGCAUGCUAAAGAGACGGAUAAUGCCAGAAGACAUCAUCAUCAACUGUAGCAAGGAUUCUAAAGUCCCUCCACCACCGCCGGGACACAAAUGGAAAGAAGUCCGGCAUGAUAACAAGGUGACUUGGUUGGUGUCAUGGACUGAAAACAUCCAAGGAUCUAUUAAAUACAUCAUGUUGAACCCAAGUUCGAGAAUUAAGGGUGAGAAAGACUGGCAGAAGUAUGAAACUGCUCGAAGAUUAAAGAAAUGUGUAGAUAGGAUUCGAAAUCAGUAUCGAGAAGACUGGAAAUCCAAAGAGAUGAGAGUGCGACAGAGGGCUGUUGCCCUAUAUUUCAUUGACAAACUUGCUCUAAGAGCAGGUAAUGAAAAAGAGGAAGGGGAGACAGCUGACACAGUGGGCUGCUGUUCCCUCCGUGUGGAACAUAUUAACUUGCAUCCAGAAAUGGAUGGCCAGGAAUACGUGGUAGAAUUUGACUUCCUUGGUAAAGACUCCAUACGAUACUAUAACAAAGUUCCUGUUGAGAAAAGGGUUUUUAAGAAUCUUCAGCUGUUCAUGGAGAACAAGCAGCCUGAAGAUGAUCUCUUUGACAGGCUCAACACCAGCAUUUUAAAUAAGCAUCUUCAAGAUCUUAUGGAAGGGCUUACAGCCAAGGUGUUCCGAACAUACAAUGCCUCCAUCACGCUACAACAGCAGCUGAAGGAGCUCACAACUGCGGAUGACAACAUCCCGGCAAAGAUUCUGUCUUACAAUCGCGCCAAUAGAGCUGUUGCUAUUCUCUGCAACCACCAGAGAGCGCCUCCAAAGACCUUUGAAAAAUCCAUGAUGAAUUUGCAGAGCAAGAUUGAUGCCAAGAAAGAUCAGUUGGCUGAUGCCAAGAGGGAACUGAAAAGCGCCAAAGCUGAUGCCAAGAUUCGGAGGGAUGAAAAAUCUAAAAAAACUGUUGAAAGUAAGAAGAAAGCUGUACAAAGAGUUGAGGAACAGCUGAUGAAGUUGGAGGUUCAAGCUACAGACAGAGAGGAAAAUAAGCAAAUUGCCUUGGGGACUUCCAAACUAAAUUACCUGGAUCCUAGAAUUUCUGUUGCCUGGUGUAAGAAAUUUGGAAUACCUAUUGAGAAGAUCUAUAACAAAACCCAACGGGAGAAAUUUGCUUGGGCAAUUGACAUGGCAGAUGACGAUUUUGAAUUUUAACAUGAUUUUAAUGGGCUGUAUUUGACGACAGAGAAGAGGAGUAGCCUAUUUGUAGGGAGAUUGAUAAACUGUGAGCCUUACUUGUCCUUUAUAUUGGGGGUAGGGAGGGGCAUUGGGAGGGGAAAACAAGUGUCCAAUAAAAUACCCAACAUCUUUCAAAAAAGAUAUUUCUGGAAAUACCAUAGAGGAGCUGAGCCAGUUGUCCUAUGGACAACUUAUUUAAAUCUUCUGUCAGAGACCCAAAUUCUAGUGGUGUGGUUUGUGUUUUAUCUGUGGAGGGAGGACAAAUGGAUGGGGGAAUUUGUUUACCUUCUUCCAGGCAAAUUCACCCGAAGAGCUUGGAAACCAUUAGCUACUGUAUACAGAAUCCAAUGAUAUAUUGGUGUUGUUUUUACAGUUAGGGUUUUUGCAAUAACUUCUAUAUUUUAAUAGAAUAUGGACUCAUUAAUCCCCCACCCUGCCCACAUUAAUUUAACACAAUUGAUGCCCUCAGCACAGUAGCUCUGGCCAGAAUGGUCAUGGUGGAAACACCCCAUUGUUUGCAUUUUUACUUGCUGCCAUCAUGGUAUUGGAAACAUAGAGCAAAAACACAACAUCUCUUCAAAGCAAAGCAUGAUGGGAAGAUCCUUCCUGACUUGAGUGCAUUUUUGUUAAUGUGAAUUUUUACUGCUUUUAAUUAUUUUAAAAUAUUUAAACUUUUUUCUUGAUCUUAAAGAUCAUGUAGGUUUGCAGAGGUUAGGAAGGAAAAGGCGGGGGGGGGGAUAAUGGAUUAUGAGUACAAAUAAAUUGAUGACAAUUUUUCCCAUCAUACUUUGUUCUGAGUACUUAAUAUAUAUAUACAUAUAUAUAUAGAUUAUAUAUAUCAGAAAUAUCCACAGUUGUGGGUUUGGUUUUACUUUUUCUUCUGGCCAUUUUCUUCUUUCACCCCACCCCCUUUUUAAAACAAAUUCUCCUUUUCCUCUUUUACUUGAAUGAUUUUAUUGUGUAAAAAGAACUUUCACUGGUCAAUAAAAUUUGAGGGAAGUGAGCUUUGGUCCAAAAAAAGGAAAAAUAAUCAAGAUUUUAGGGCUUUUAUUUUUUUUUUCUUUUGUAAUUGUGUACAAAAAAUUAAAAAAAUAAAGCAGAACUUUAAUGUGAACCCUUUUUUUGCUAUAAUCCAUUAGUUCUAGAGCAUUGUUAGCUUAGUGUGAUGCAAAGACAAGUUUCUCGUAGUCUUUCCUCCACAAUUAUCUUCUAUUUUUAUCAUGAAUUCCCUUUUAAUCAACUGUAGGUUAUUUAAAAUAAAUUCCUACAACUUAACGGAA